AUGAUUAACCAUUUUAUAAACAAAAAGCUUUUUACCCUGGUCUUCUUUUUCUUUAAAAUAUCCCCUACUGCUACUUCUACAUUAAAGCCUACUUUGGAAAAUGCUGUCUUCAAGAUCCAACAGCUGACUACUAGUGUUAACUAUGGAUUUAAUGAUAUGUGCAGCAAUUUUGAAGCAAUGUUGGAAGAAACCAAGAAUUUGAAAGAAGCAGUAAUUCUCCUUAAGCAGCAAGCUACUGUGCUCACAGAAGAAGUUGCAUACCAAGUGCCUAAGACUCCAUUGAGGUUGCUGCUACCACUGAGCUUUUCGCAGCUCACUUGUUCCCUGGCCGCAACAUCCCCGAGCCUAGAGCAAGAGAUGCAUGCUCUGGUCAUCAUUGAUGAGGUACGUGGUCCUGAAUACGAGAAGAUUAACGAUGAAAUGCUUGAUACUUGCAAGGUGAAUGUCUCAUCAACCCUUGUCAAAACUGUCAUUGAUGGUAUAAAAAGAAAAUUUGCCAUCAAGAAAGACAGCACCCGGCGAAGUGUCGCUGAUGAUGCCCGGCUUGAUGCCAUUCAAGAGCUGGAAGCUAAGACAUUGCCUUAUAUUUCCCUUCGUGCUUGGGUUGGCUCUUGGGGAGCAAACAUACUCCUCGACCAUUACUGGUCUUCUUUCCGUCGACGAAACAAGAAGCAAGCUACCAGUGAUAAUGAUGUAGCUGAAAUAGUCCAAGACUCAUUAAAUAGAUCGCGGCUGGUGAUUUCUGAAGCGAUGAGCACAUCAAUUGUAGACGAAAAAUUCACAUUUGACUUCAAUGCAAGCUUUGACCUCACUGUUGAUGAUCCUCAGAAGUAG